AUGAGCUCAGAUCUGAGCAGGCGGUCUUCACGUCAGCCACUGAACGACGACGCGACAUCUCUGACUUCCUUCCCCGACCCUGCAGAGACGACGAGCCCCUCCCUGGAACCCUUGGACGAGCCUCCGGAUGCAGUGGCUGGUGGUCAGCUCACCGGUGUUUCUCCUCCGCUACAACCUGUCAAGGAACAGAUUGUGCCGACUGCACCAGCUCACUAUGGCUUGAAUGGCCUUCUCGAUGAUGCGGGGCCUUCCAUGUUCGAUGAGCAGGAGAAUGGCGUCGGCGACCCGCAGACUUUGUCCACUGCGUCCACGGAGGCUUUGAGGAGAAUCAUCGAUCAUCGUGGAGCGGUGGAACUGGUGCGGAACUUGAGCCUGUUACUGGCGGAGCGGGAUGCGCACGUCACGGCGCUGACGAGGUUGGCGGAGGAGUUCAAGGUGCCGAGGGAGAGGAUUGCUGAGACGGGGAAUCGAGUCAAGCAGUUUGAACGACGGCGGUUAUCGCUCGCUGGUGCUAGUGAGGAUCUUGCACCGACGAUAAGGUCGGAGAGCAGUGAUUCUGCGGCACAGGCGAGUUUGCCGGAUGUGGGGAGAGGGACGAUCAGGAAUUUGACGCGGAUGUUUGGAGGCGGUGGCAAGAGGAAAGAUGCAACGAUUAGGCCUACGCCAGCAUCGAUGAAGAGUGCGGCGACGAGUAUGAAGAGUACCGCGAGUGCGAGUUCUUCGAGGUCGAACUCGAUUGUGCCGGAGUCUACUGUUGUGAGGAAGAGGACGGAUCGGCCAAAGUCGAUUGAUGUGUUGAGUGUCAACAGUGGCGAGAGUACUGGCUGGACUUCGACUUUCAUGAAUGCCGGCGCUGGUACCAUCAAAGGUAUCAGCAGUCUGGCGACGCGGGAACGGCGUGAUUCUAGGGCGAAGGAGCCUCGGGGACCUGUGGAGAUGAGUACGAGGCACGACAAGAAUCAGCUGCCACCUACACUUUUGCGGACAGAGUCGAAGGAUCCUCGGGAGAUGGCGUGGAAUAAAUUCGUGCUUCGAUUGAAUGAAUUGCGGGAGGAAGCUGGAGAGGAAGCUCAGAGUGGCGAGGUGCUGGGUGCUGCUCGCUGGGGUCAUGAAGGUGGCAACGGCAAGCAGAAACUCGAUACCCUCACACGACUGGUCAUAGGUGGCAUACCGAUGCGACUAAGAUCACCCAUCUGGAUGGAGCUAUCGAACACAUACGCCAUCAUGCGACCGAACGGCUACAAAUACUAUCUCGGCACACAAGAAAACGAAGACCCCCAAGAAAUCGACGCGAUCCUCAAAGACGUCCCGCGAACCCUCACCAGCAAAUACGACUACUUCGCCGAGAAAGGCCACGACCGCCUACGAAAAGUCCUCGUCGCCUUCGUCAACAAAUACCCCGGCCUCGGCUACACCCAGGGCCUAAACAUGAUCGCCGGCUACCUCCUCCUCGCCAUCCCAGACGAAAGCGACGCAUUCUGGGUUCUCUGCAACAUGGUCGACUCCUACUUCCCACCCGACUACUUCUCCCCAGACACCGCCAUGUCCGCCCCGAUCGCCGACAACGUGGUCCUCCGCCAAUACGUCAAAGACCUCCUCCCCAAACUCUACGACAAGAUGUCAUCCCUCGAGAUCGAGCCCGAACACACCGUCCCCUUGUCCUGGUUCCUCACCGCUUUCGCUAGCGUCCUGCCUGAAAGUGUUCUCCUCCGGAUCUGGGAUGUGUGGCUCUGUGUUCCGAAUAGCAAGACGUUUCUGUUCAAUGUCGCGUUGACGCUGCUAGCUGCGCAUGCGAAGAAUCUCAUGAGUUGUGAGGAUCAGGGCGAGUAUUGGGCGUACAUGACGAGUAAGAUUCGGGUGGGCGAGGAGCCGGAUAAGGUCAAUGAGUUGAUUCGUAGUGCUUUUGGGCUUAGGAAGAGGUUGGAGCAGGUGGAGAUGAGGAGAGGAUUGGCGGUGAAGAAGGUUAGGAAGCAUGCUAGUACUGAGGCUUUGUUCUCGCCUGAGGCGCAAGGGGAGGAAGAGGUUGAGGCAUGA